AUGUCAGCGCCUUCUGAGCCCAAAGACAAAGGCGGAAUCGCUCCUGUUGGCAUGGUCAUUGAAGAGCCGUCGUUUCCCAACAUCUCUGGCCAGGAACCCGAGACAAUGUCUACGCCCGACACGAUUUCGGUGUACUAUACACCAACUGCCGACGUGGAGCAACAGGAAACAGUGUCGCAACAAGACUAUGCAGCAGAUGGGCCAUGUGGGCCCUUGCAUACCAUACCCAACAACCAGGAUUACUUUACUUCAACGUCACGCCCAGCCCAGCAACAACGAUGGGCAACUGAACGCCCCAAGCCCUCGGCGAGACACUCACUGCUGGGAAGGGUGCGAACUUCACAACAAAGGAAGCCAAAGCAACCCGAGCGACGAGCAACCAUUACCUUUGACGCCGACACCGAUUCCUCCGACUCUUCCGACGAUGAGAACCUCUACUCGCACAGAAAAAGCCUUAGUCACGCUGAUAGCCUGACCAAGCAGACGACUCGGAAACCGCGCGAGAGUAGAUUUCAUCCAUUUUCUCGCCUCAAAAUCGCCAACGAACAUUUCAAUACCAAGGGCAAGGUCUCCAGAGCAGACGGACGACUGAAGCUUAGCAUUCUCGAAGAGAAUCUCGGCAGCGGAUACAUUGCAAAAGCUCUCGGGACUAUUAUCAAGAAACAUGGCAACGACGAGGAUCGCGGUCCGGAAAGCUACGACGAUGUGGGCGCCGCCAAAAUUGCGCCAGAAGACGACGAGAUGGAACAUAAACCUGCGAGGCGAGUGAAGCUCAAUAUCGUCAUCAUCAUUAUUGGCUCGCGUGGAGACAUUCAGCCCUUUAUUCGAAUAGCCAAGAUACUGCAAGAGGACUAUGGGCAUCGCGUCCGUCUGGCCACACAUCCAGCGUUCAAGGACUUUGUCGAGAAAGAGUCGGGCCUCGAGUUCUUUUCAGUUGGCGGCAAUCCAGCUGAGCUCAUGGCUUUCAUGGUCAAGAAUCCGGGUCUCAUUCCCAACAUCGAGACAAUAAAAGAAGGCGAGAUUGGCCGCAGAAGAUCGCAAAUGUACGAUAUGUUCCAGGGAAUGUGGCGCGCAUGCAUCAACGCAACGGAUGACGAGACUGACGUAACAAAUGUGAAGAUGAUGGGUGACAAGGCUCCUUUCGUUGCUGAUGCCAUCAUCGCCAACCCUCCCAGCUUUGCCCCGCAGCAUAUUGCUGAGAAGGUGGGUAUCCCACUUCACAUGAUGUUCACCUUCCCAUACACACCGACUACCCACUUCCCUCACCCGUUGGCAAACAUCAAAGCUAGUAACGUCGAAGCAACCUACAGCAACUUCAUGUCAUACCCGCUAGUCGAGAUGAUGAUGUGGCAAGGUCUUGGUGAUCUGAUCAAUCGCUUCCGUACUCAGGUUUUGCAUCUCGAGGAGGUCAGUCGACUGUGGGCGCCAGGCCAACUGUAUCGACUCAAGGUGCCAUACACUUACCUGUGGUCACCGGGCCUUAUUCCGAAGCCAAAAGAUUGGGGCCCAGAGAUUGACAUUUCUGGUUUUGUAUUUCUUGACCUUGCGUCGUCGUUCACGCCGCCGGAUGAGCUGAAGAAGUUUCUCGACGACGGCCCUCCCCCGGUGUACAUUGGGUUUGGAUCCAUUGUUGUUGAUGACCCGGACGAGUUCACCAAGCUGAUCUUCGAGGCUGUCAAGCAAGUCGGCUGUCGCGCUCUUGUUUCCAAGGGCUGGGGAGGCUUUGGUUCCAACGCCGAUUGCCCAGAAAACGUCUUCAUGCUGGAAAACACGCCUCACGACUGGCUCUUCCCUCGCUGCAGUGCGGUCGUGCAUCAUGGUGGAGCAGGAACAACGGCCAUUGGUCUCAAGUGCGGGAUACCGACCAUGAUUGUUCCAUUCUUUGGCGAUCAGCCUUUUUGGGGCGCAAUGGUCAGCAAAGCAAAAGCAGGAGCACAUGAAUGUAUCCCGUACAAGAAGCUUUCGGCUGAGCGUCUGGCCGAGGGUAUACGACAGUGUCUUACAGACGAGGCUAAAGAGAACGUGAGAAAGAUUGCCGAUAGUAUUGCCAAAGAGGGAGAUGGUGCUCUCAAUGCAGUGCGCUCAUUCCACCGAUCACUACCCCUUAAAGGAGAGGGAAGCAUGAGAUGCGAUUUCCUCGACAAUCGCGCUGCUGUCUGGAAGAUCAAGAAUACAAAUGUUAAGCUAUCUGCGCUGGCCGCCGAGAUACUUGUAGAGAAGAAGAAGCUCAAGUGGAAUGAGCUGCGCUUGGUCCGACACUACGAAUGGAACGAUUUCGGUGGACCUGGUGAGCCCAUUACUGGAGUCUGGGGCAGUCUCAUGACCUCUUUCUCGGAUGCGGCAGCUGGAGUUGGUGGUAUGCCUGUCGAGAUUGGAAAGAGUAUCAGGAAGAGAGAAAAGAUCAAGGAGAAGAAGCGGAGACUGCAAAAGCGCGAUGCCCAUAAGACUGCGCAUGCAAAUGCAGGUACCAGCUCCAAUGAAGUUGGACAAGAUGCAAGCAACAAUCCACAAACCAAUGGCAGACCACAACCUACCCGCAAUGAGACAACCCUCUCAAAGAUUUCUGAGCCUAGCGAAGAGUUGACGGAAGAGCUUGGACGCGAGGCUGCUUUUGGGUUCAGAAAGACGGGACAUGCCAUUGCCCGCUUCCCUAUGGAUCUUACUCUCGCAGUCACCCAAGGUUUUCACAACGCACCACGCUUGUACGGCGAUGAAACAGUUCGCCGUCCACCUCGAGUCACUGGUUUCCAUUCUGGCACUCGCGCUGGUCGCGAUGAGCUUCUCUACGGUGUAAUGGAUGGCGUCUCAGGCCUUGUCACUCAGCCAUAUAACGGUGCUAAGAAGAAUGGCGUGCUAGGUGCUGUCAAAGGCGUCGGCUUGGGCAUUGGCGGCUUUGUGCUGAAGGAUAUUGCAGCUUUGCUUCGACCUGUGGCGUACACGAUGAAGGGAUUAGACGCCGAGUACAUGAAGCGUUAUCAGCCGACGAACUACCUCCGUCGCGCCCGCAUCGCUGAGGGGCAAGAAGAGCUGAAAAUGCUUAGCUCGACAUCUCGCAUUGCAGGUACUCAAGAAUCUCAAGUCGGUAACAGAUCUGCAGAGAAGCAGGAAAAGAUUGAAGAGAAUGUCAACAUACGCUGGAAGGCUCUGCAGAGGACGAUUGCAGAACAGAAGAAGCGUCACAAAAACGGCAUCAUCGGUUCCCUUACUGGACGAGGUGAUGAGAAGGAUGGCCAGCGGGCGAAUACCCAUGCGCCCAAUGACAAGCCUGGAAGAAAGCAUGCAGACGCUCAAGACAAGGCAGUUGAUCAGGGAGAAGCAAAAAAGAAUACACAUGACAAUGCGAGGCCUAGUGUGCAUAGAAUGGACACUACGCCCACCACAUUGCAGGAGCGCCACAAGCAUCAAGACAGAGAAACGCUUGAGCUUCCAUACAGACUGAAAAGCGCCGAUGGCGAGGCACCGAAGCAGAUCAACAACGCAGAGAACAAGUCGGACGCUAAGCCCGUUCCUGUGCUGAGCCACUCCAGCAAUCCAACACCUGCAGAGCCCAGAAUUGCAAACGACCUUUCUCACCGUCCCUCUGCAGAUGGAUCUGAGAGCACGAGGGUCGGUAGCGAUCCGACUGACUGGGUAGCCGUACGACAAAAGGAAGAGGGAUUGGCUGUGCAGGGUGAUAGGACGAGGCUGGUGGACGUCAGCUUGUAG